ACAGCACAGUAAUAUUCAACGCAGAUGGACUGUCAUUACUAACUAUGCAGGAUUUUAAAAACAUUUCUGCCAAAUAUGACAAACUAAUCUGAUGAGAGGUGGAAAGGAUCUACGGUACGGUUUUGGGGUAAUUGAAUUUGACUACUUAAUUUGAUGCUACUUCAUGCUUUAUACUGCACUUUUCCACUACAUUUAACAGAGAAAUAUUUAUCCAUCAUUGAGAAUGACUAUUUAUUCUACCAACAUAUAACUAGACUGUUUUUGGAGGGAUUAAAUUACCAAGUAAAAUAAAUGCAGGAUAUUCUACUGUGACCAGCUAUGCAUGCAUUAAUAUAUCAGUAAUAAUAAUAAUGAAAAUACCAAAAACAAAGGCACAGCAGUGUGAGGUGUACAUAUAUAGAACUGUGCAUCCAUUAUUUAAAAGAAUACAACUUUUUCCACCUCUGUAAUACCAAACGUACUUUAUGUGUAUAUAAGUUAAAAAUAUGACAGGUCCAAUGAGCCACAUUGUGUUUGAGUGAGGAAGAUUUCCAUUCACUGAUGAAAUACAGAUGGUGUCUCUAUGGAGCACAUAGUGGCUGUUAUUGUGCAUGCACACAGAAGCGCAUGCAUGUUUGCAUAUAAAAGCAUUUGCUAAAUUCUUUUCUCAUCAUUUGCAGCCUAUGGCUCAAAGCUGCAGCACACAGGAAUAACGUGUUGUGGAUUAUGCUGGAUUUUUUGUUAAAGCUCAAAAACUGUCUUUCUUCCUCUUAUUUGUAGUAAUGGCUGAAUGGGGCUGGGUGGCCUACACUGUACUAGAAGUGCUGAUCGCAGUGGCUUGUUGCUUUGGCAAUAUGUUGGUGGUGUUUGCAGUGUGUAUUGGUAUCCGGGAUUCCCUUCGAGAGCCAACAUUCUGCUUCCUGAUUUCCUUGGCAGUGGCUGACUUCCUAGUAGGUUUGGCUGCUGUGCCACUGGCUGUACUGUUGGACGGCUGGGUGAGUGUGACCCCUGACCUCUGCCUGCUCCUCAGCUGCGUCGUGCUUGUGCUGACACAAGCUUCUGUACUGUCCCUGCUGGCCAUUGCUGUGGACCGUUACCUUCGGCUGCACAUGCCACUCAGAUACAAAGCCCUGGCCUCACAGAAGCGUACCUGGUCGGCUGUGUCAGUGUGCUGGAUCCUGUCUUGUCUGCUGGGGUUCACUCCUCUGUUUGGCUGGAAUAACUACUCCUCUGUUGCAUCUAACUCCACAAAUACAUCUUCCCUCUCCUCCUCACCCCCAUGCACCUUCCUCUCUGUUAUCUCCCUCCCCUUCAUGGUCUACUUUAACUUCCUGGGAUGCGUCAUGGCCCCACUGCUGCUCAUGACUCUUCUCUAUGUUCGGAUCUUCUGGAGUCUGCAGGGACGUCUGAAGGAUAGUUCUCCUCAAGCCCAGGCCUCUCUGCUCAGGGAGAGGAGACUGGCCUGCUCCUUGGCUCUGGUUCUCAUUUUGUUUACCGGCUGCUGGAUUCCGCUUCACCUGAUGAACUGUCUACUGUUAUUUCAUGGCCCUCAAGCUGUCACAGAGUGGACACUUUAUACAGGUAUUCUCCUGUCUCAUGCCAAUUCAGCCAUCAAUCCUGUGGUCUAUGCUUACCGCAUCCCAAAGAUCCAACAGGCCUACAGUCAAAUAUGGAGGCGGCUCCUUAUGAGAAUGAACUGUUGCCCCGGAAACAAAGAGGGUCGACCAUCAACAAUAAGCAGUCAAGCCAAUCAGACAGACACCUAUGGAUCCAGACCGAAGGCCACACCCUAACUCCACUGUGUCCUGACAUGAUGGACCACUGUUCACACAGGACUGACUCUUAUAAAGUCCAAGCAUUUAAAGCUUCAUUACAGCUGAUGUAUGUUUGGCAGCUGGAAGCCAGGGGUCUGAUUUGUGAAACUCACAUUUACAGCCUUUUAUUGACAUGAAAGACAGUGUUUGGCUCAAGUGAAAACAACCUGUGCACUCUGACUGCUGUGUCCUUGUCUGCAAAACUUUUCUCCAGUCAAAGCUAAUCUCCUGUGACCCCACUAGAGGGUGCUCUAGACUAACAAACCCAAGAGGUGGCAUCGUACUCAAACCAUGAACCCAUCAAUUUGGGGAAGGUGACAAAUAAUGUUCGAUUCACUGAUUUUUGGACAAACAGUUUCAGUCAUGUAAAGUUUUAUUGAGUUAUACAUUUUAAUCAAGUUAUGUGACAUGUGACAUUUUUAAUCAAUCAGACACUAACCUACUGUAGCAACCUACUGUACCUACAUCUUUUAUUGUAUCAAAUAAUAAAUAUAAAGGCUUUGUACGUGUGUUUACUGUUAAUGGCUGUUCAGUGAGCUCCUCAGGGAAGGCAAUAGACUGUAUAGUUAUCACCUGAGCAGGGUGCAGUCCCACCCACCAAACUAUACAACCUACUACCUCACUCUGACAGAGUCCAAGUCAAACAGAGUCACCUGAUAUUUACCUGAUCUAGAAAAAAAA